AUGGACUAUAAUAGGAUGAACUCCUUCCUAGAGUACCCACUCUGUAACAGGGGACCCAGCGCCUACAGCACCCACAGCGCCCCUACCUCCUUCCCCACCAGCUCGGCUCCGGCUGUUGACAGCUAUGCAGGCGAGGCCCGCUACAGCGGCGGGGGGCUGCCCAGCCCCGCACUCCAGCAGAGCUCAGGCUAUCCGGCCCAGCCGCCGCCGUCGGCAUUGGGGGUGCCUUUCCCCAGCUCCUCGACCUCGGGGUACACCCCAGCUGCCUGCAACCCCAGCUAUGGGCCUUCUCAGUACUACCCUCUGGGCCAGCCGGAAGGAGAUGGGGGUUAUUUUCAUCCUUCAAGCUAUGGGGUCCAGUUAGGGGGCUUGUCUGACAGCUAUGGAACCGGUGGAGUGGGCCCUGGGCCGUUUCCUCCACCACAGCCCCCGUACGGGGCCGAGCAGACAGCGAGCUUUGCACCAGCCUAUGCUGAUCUCCUCUCCGAGGACAAGGAAUCGCCCUGCGUGUCAGAAACCAGCACCCCCACAGCCCGGACCUUCGACUGGAUGAAGGUUAAGAGGAACCCACCCAAGACAGCGAAGGUGUCCGAGUUGGGCCUGGGCGCACCAGGUGGCCUCCGCACCAACUUCACCACGCGGCAGCUGACCGAGCUGGAGAAGGAGUUCCAUUUCAACAAGUACCUGAGCCGGGCCCGGAGGGUGGAGAUCGCCGCCACCCUGGAGCUCAAUGAGACGCAGGUCAAAAUUUGGUUCCAGAACAGGCGCAUGAAGCAGAAGAAGCGUGAGCGGGAGGGAGGCCGGUUGCCCCUAGCCCCUCCAGGUUGUCCCAGGGAGGCGGCUGGAGACGCCUCCGACCAGUCCACGUGCACCUCCCCGGAAGCCUCGCCCAGCUCCGUCACCUCCUGAACCAAACGUCCCAACCGACGGGGCUCCCCAGCACCAGAGCCCUGCCGUCCAGCCCUCUCCUCUGCUCUC